AUGGCUCCUCGUACUCUCAUCUCAAAGAUACCAAUCUGGCUUCUCAUAUCUACCCAUGCGCACUAUGUAUUAUCUCUGGCUGUUCCUGCCGUUACCCCGAGUCCAAGUUACUUUUCAGUCAGCAAGAGGGCUGACACCAGCAUAGCCACGCGCUACGGAAUUCCUGGUCCUUUUGAAUCCUCUGGUCCAGAUGAUGUUGUAAACGAUUCCGAUCUUGCUCGUAUAUCUGAAGUUUUUAUGGCGAUUGCUCAACUCCCAGAUGGAUCUCUGUCUUCUGUCGAUUCCUCCGUUGCGCCCACUCCUACCCCUACGAACCCUCUUCCAUCAAGUACAGUGUAUCCGGAAUCACCACCACUUCGUGGGCCAGGGCUUGUUGUUCUUUCUCAACCAUUCCCUGCAAUUGGAUCUUCUACGCCGGUACCUACUGCUGCGUCAAGUACGACGUCUUUACCUGCAUCUAAUAGGACCGCCAGUCCCACUAAGCGAGUGGUCAUCUUGGGAUCUGUCAUUGGAAGCAUUUUACUCUUCACACUGUGCUUAUUCUUUAUUCUCGAUCCCGCUAUUACUGGACGGUUGUUCCAACUUUGUCAUUCCCGUCGACGUUCCGCAAGUAGAGUGAAGGAGAAUAAAGAUGCUGUAUCAUCUGAGGAUAAGUGGGUGCCUGUUGCCCCUCUCACGAACGCAGUGCCUCUGCAAAGCGAUCGACAAACCACCCAGUGUAUCAGGAAUGAAGGGGACUUGUUCACCGAGACCGCUGCUCCCUCACCUCCUUCUAAAUUUUCUAUGUGUUCCUCAGAGUAUUCGGAGCCCAACCGUAUAUCUGCCCUGUCGUCGAACUCUGCAUAUACGUCCACUCCAAGCAGACCUACUGUAAGCUUUGUGUCUGGGCCAACACCCACCCGUCCGCCUCGUCCGCCCACCGCAGAUAGCCCAGCACUUACAGACUCAGUUUAUCUCGCAUGUUCCGACCAGCCAUACGUAAUUGUUGCUCCACAGAGUCUCACCGAGGCGGAAUUGAAUUCCAAUGCACCCUCGAAACCGCCACGUCGCAUGCUGACUCCCAGCGAAUUCUUUGCUCUUCACGUUCCAGGGAUUCUCAGUGGAUUUGGCUCCUCGGGGGGAGCCCCGUCAAAGAAACAAGAACGGAGCUCCACGUGCGAGAGUCAUCUCUCCAGUGCUACAAAGCGAGAAUCGUUUCAUUCACGGACCAAGAGCGCCCCUUUACUAGGGAAUGUGACGAUCAGUGAGAGGGGUUCUACCUCUAACACCGAGCUGGAGUUCAGUAUUGAAGGUGUUCGCGAAGAGAGCAUGAUACAACGCAUUUCGAAACAUCGUAGAAGCCGAUCGGCCUCUGGUUGGGCGUAUCCAGAUCGCUCUAUCCCAAAGAAGCAGCGCAAAGAGAAAGUAUAG